CGCAACUUGCAAAGAUAGAAUAAAACCUCGACGGCGAAGAAGAUAAUGGCCCUGAUCGGGUCAAGUCUGAAACUUGGAAAUAUUUAUAUUUUCUCCCACCGAUCGAAGAAGGAAAAGCACCCGCUCCUUCCUCUCCGUUUGGCCCGCUCGACUCGAUGGGGCACAUAACAAAGGUAAGAGAUAUCAUAGGCCUAAUCAAGGAUAAGGCCUCCCAAAGCAAAGCAGCCCUUCUCUCCAAACCCAGGAAACUCUCUCUCCAAUUAGCCCUCCUCCGCGCCACCACCCACGAUCCCUUCAAUCCUCCCAAUGACAAACACAUCGCCACCAUCCUCUCCUUUGGCCACAGCUCACGCGCCACCGCCGCCGUCGCCAUCGAGGCCCUCAUGGACCGCCUCCAGAGCACCCGCGAUUCCUCCGUCGCCCUCAAGUGCCUCAUCACCAUCCACCACGUCAUCAAGCACGGCAGCUUCAUCCUCCAGGACCAGCUCUCCGUGUACCCCUCCAAUGGCGGCAGAAACUACCUCAAGCUCUCCAACUUCCGUGACGACUCAAGCCCCAUCACUUGGGAGCUCUCUUCAUGGGUACGAUGGUACGCGCAAUACAUAGAGACCCUUUUGUCUACCUCUAGGGUUUUGGGUUUGUUUCUUGCCUCCUCUUUAAAUACUAUAGAGAGAGAGAAGCAUGAAGAAACAAUCUCAGCGCUUAUGAAUGAGGAUUUGCUUAAAGAAACUGUUUCGUUGGUGGGUUUGAUGGAAGAGAUUUGUAAAAGACCGGAUUCUUUGCAUGUGAAAGGGAACAACUUGGUGGAUGAGAUUAUGGGUUUUGUUGGCGAGGACUAUUUCUCGGCGACAAACGAGGCUUCGAUCCGAGUCAGUGAGUUUAGGGAGAGGCUGAAUGGUCUGAGUUUCGGUGAAUCGGUCGACUUGGCUUGCGCUUUGAAAAGGUUAGAGAAUUGCAGGGAGCGGCUUUUGGAGUUGUCCACUGGAAAGAAGACGACCUUGAUCGAUUGCUUUUGGAAUUUGAUAAGCGAGAUUAAGGAUAGGGUUGGGAGGAAGAAGGUGUACGAAGAUGAGGAAAAGUUGUUGAUUAGGGUGAAGAAAGAGAAGGUGGCCGAGUCAGCUCGGUUUGCUGAGCGAGUUCUGAGGUCAGGGGACUCGGUCCGGUUCUCUUCCGGAAGGUUGGGAAUGGACGGGUUUCCUUUUCAGAUUCUAGAGUCAAUGGAACCGUAUGCAUGAUUGAAAGUUCCUUUCCGCUCUAUGCUUUCGAAUCUAUUUAAUUUGUAAAUUAUUUUUUGGUCGAAUGAAAUUGUUCAUGCAAA